UGAAAUGUUUCUGAAGGGUUUCAAGAUUGUAAAUAAGGUCACAAUUCUUGGCUAUCACCAUAUUGCAAGCCAGAGUGAGGUAAUCUCAGAACAAAAAAAAAAUGGAUCAAUUCUGAAACUGAUGAGACAAGAUUAUCAAGGACAAUCAAACCUUAAAAAAAUUACCCGGACCCCCCAGCACCGAGUUCGUCCCAAUAUCAAAGCAAAGCUGCAUCGGUGGCAUCUCUUCCUUUGCACCUGUACCCAGAUCUCUUCAGUUAUGUUUUUUUUUUUGUCAUACUUGCUUUGUUCACAUUCUCCGAACAACAUUUUUUAAAACGAUUAUUACUUCAUUAGUCUUCAUUCAAUGUGCAGUUCCUCUUAAGCGCAUUUCAAACCAGAAUGUACACCAUGCAUGUGACCUUCACACCAAGCACUAGCAGCUUGCAGACCUAUGCUAUAAAAUAAACAUACUUUUUAUAGUACUGUACAAGCUUGGUUUCAACUGCAGUAUGUGUGAGAAUUUGAGGUUAUUAGCCCAAAACAGAUUUCUUUGUGAUAUGCAACAAUAAAAUAGAAUAGAAUAGCUCUGUUGGUGGAGCAUGAAACUUUUUCAAGGUCAUAGGUUCAUACUGGGUACACGGCUAAGGAUCGCAUUCAAAUAACCACUGCAACACCAACGUUAAAACUGUGGAGGAAAGAUCUGACUUUUAGUUUAUCCUGCCAAAUAUCCUGCUUUAUUCUGGCUCCAUGAGUCAGAAUCAACAGCACCCAUCAUGGUAAAGAUAUAAUAAUAUAAAAUUCGAUUAAAUUAUGUAAUAAUGUCAUCAUCUGUUAAAACUUUACUUCAGUGCUUGAAUUGAGUUAAGUCUUAUGGGGGGGUCCCCCAGUGUUGUGUAAUUCAUAUACCUUUUUAUUAAAAUAAUCUUGGGGACCCCCCUAAGUCUAUUUUUUACUUGUCAUGGGGGGUCCCUAAUGCCUUAUGGAGGGUCCCGGAUCCAUCCCUCAAUUCGAGCACUGAUUUAUUUAAGGGACUUGCAGGAUGGUUCCAGUAUAACCAUACCAUUUCACACAGGUUGUCUCUGGUUUGGUAUCCCACCGUGCUUACCGAUCCACAUGACAGCUUUGACAUUACUAAUUUUCCAUGCAAAAUUGUGCAGUUUUGGUGUAAAUCCGCAUUUCGGAAGCUUCAUGGAAUAUGUGCAAGGAUGUGUAAUGAAAUACAACUUGAGCCCGUACUCUAAAGCUGGUCCUGGACCAGUUCAUAGCUGAAUUAAUUCAUAAUUAAUGCUUUAUUCUUUUUGUUUUGUUUGUUUGUUUUAAUUAAGCGAAGUAUCCUUAAAUAUGACCCUUUUUAGAACCAGAUUUUUCCCUGCGCGCAUGGUUUUGAUACCAACGGCUUUCCAUAUAAUUGCCUGAACGCCGCAGUGAGUGCACUGUAAACAGCAGCUUCUGCGACCCCCUGCUUACCAAGGACACACCACAAGAGGACAAACAUGCUUUAGAUGUAAUGAAGAUGUCAGAUCAUGUCGAUCGCGAGGUUUUAAAACGGAUCCGUGCAUGCUGAGAGGACAAACUUCAUCCACCGCUAGUCCACGCCAUGCCGUUUCUGUUGUUUGUCCUGGACGUUUGCAGUGCAGCAUGCUAACUGCGCCAAAACGCUGCGCGCUGGUUUUGCGCUCCCACUGCUUUGCCACACCGGUUUAGGCGUCCAGGAUGCGUGUAUUCCCGGGACUGUGAGCUCAGCUGCUGAAUGCAUGUUCGAUCAACGGUACGUUUUCCUUCGCAGGAAGAAUAGUCUUCUGGAUGAUGGUCAUUCUUUGUGCACGAGUAAUCGGAGUCUUCACACCUCUAUGAAGUCAUCUGGUGAGAUCCCAAUGCCAUUGUGCCAAUAUGACAUGCAAACUGCUUGUUUUGGGGCCACAAUGAUCAUCGCUGAGGAAGACACACUCUGUAUCAGUGCCCUGUCCUUCACCAGACACUUCUCUAAAUGACUCCAUCCAUCCCAGCUUGAAAUGCAAACGCUGGAAAACACCACUGGUAUAUGGCGAAUAUUCUCACUGAGGUCAAACCCCAUCAGGACAUAAGGAGCUGCCAGAGGAACCUACUGAACAACCAGCAGAACAACCCGAAAAAUCGUCCCAUCCUGCUUUAGAAUGGCCUCCAGGGACCGCGAUGGCGCUGCAGAUGGAGAUGCCGAGCCAUGUGUCAAACCUUCGGCUUAUCCGUCUGAGGACUCGGGCCCGGCUCAGAAAUCGAAAAGCCUCCCCACGCUUCACGAAAGGCAGGUUUUGGAGACGGAGGGGCCUGGAAACCCUGAGAAACCGCGCAUCUCGGCGGCAGGUGGCAGCUCCCGGGACAACCUCGACGGAUCCGCGGACUCCUCCGGCGCGUCGGCGGCAGGGAGGAGACGCCGCAUCCCGGCCCCGCUCCUCUCGCGGCUGGCCCGCUUUCCCCUCAGGCGCUACCUGCGGGUGCUGUUUUCGGACUCGCGUUGCUUCUUGUUUUACAUGUGUUACCUCACGUUUAUUCAGUCUCUCAUGGUGUCCGGCUACCUCAGCAGCGUCAUCACCACUAUAGAAAAGCGCUACAGCCUGCGUAGUUCAGAAUCUGGUCUGCUGGUCAGCUGUUUUGACAUUGGCAGUCUCCUCAUUGUCGUCUUCAUCAGCUACUUUGGUGGACGGGGCCGGAGGCCACGCUGGCUUGCCAUUGGGGGAAUGGUUAUUGCUGUUGGUGCUGCACUUUUUUCUCUCCCUCACUUCAUUUGUCCACCUUAUCAGCUGGAGCAGCUCAACACUACCGGACGGGGAGAGGGGCUCUGCACCAUUACCAAUAGCAGUAAGAGGGAGGGGCCUGAGGCAUGUCCACGAGACCAGGAAGACCGGGAGCAUGCUCUGUAUGUGGCUCUGUUUAUUUGCGCUCAGAUUCUGAUUGGCAUGGGGUCCACACCCAUCUACACCCUUGGACCCACCUACCUGGAUGAUAACGUGAAAAAGGAGAACGCUUCGCUUUACUUGGCAAUCAUGUAUGUAAUGGGAGCUUUAGGUCCAGCUGCUGGUUACCUGCUGGGUGGAGUUCUGAUUGGCUUUUACGUCGACCCAAACUCUGCUGUGCACAUUGAUCAGAACGAUCCACGUUUCGUAGGAAACUGGUGGAGUGGGUUUCUUUUCUGUGCUGUGGCCAUGCUGCUGGUGAUAUUCCCCAUGUUUGCCUUUCCGAAGAAGCUUCCCCCUCGCCACAAGAAAAGCAAUGGGAAGAAGAAGCGGGUGGGGGACCUGCCAAGCGAUGAUGAGGUGAUGAAGGAGAAGAGCCAAGCCGUCUCUUCCUCCAUCGGGUUUGGAAAAGACAUCAAAGAUAUGCCCAAGGCAGCCCUGCGUAUCUUGAGCAAUGUGAUCUUUUUGUUUGUGAGUUUGUCGUACACAGCAGAGUGUGCCAUCGUUACAGCCUUCAUCACGUUCAUCCCUAAAUUUAUUGAGUCUCAAUUUGGGGUUCCAGCAUCCAGUGCCAGUAUCUAUACAGGCUUGGUAAUUGUGCCCAGUGCUGGUGUUGGGAUAGUGCUUGGAGGCUAUAUAAUUAAGAAGCUGAAGUUAGGAGCAAGAGAAUCAGCCAAGCUGGCAAUGAUCUGUAGUGGAGUGUCUCUGCUCUGUUUCUCCACACUCUUCAUUGUUGGUUGUGAAAGCAUUAAUCUAGGGGGAAUCAACAUACCCUACACUACUGGGCCCACGCUGACUCUGUCCCAUCGGAACUUAACAGGGGGCUGUAAUGUUAACUGUGGUUGCCGGAUCCAUGAGUAUGCUCCUGUGUGUGGUUCAGAUGGAAUUACAUACUUUAACCCCUGUCUGGCUGGCUGCAGCGGUGUCUCCAAUGACAGCUCUGGGAUCAGGAAUUAUUCAGACUGUGCUUGUGUACAAAGCAGACAGGUGAUCACUCCAUCUGGAGGAAAUCACGAUUUGCAAGUGGUCAUUGUGAAAACGUACCUGAAUGAGAACGGCUGCGCUGGCAAGUGUGAGCGCACCUGUGGAACGCUCAUAACCUUCCUCAUCUUCCUCUUCAUUGUCACCCUAAUAACUGCCUGUGCACAGCCUUCUGCCAUCAUAGUCACCCUGAGGUCUGUAGAAGAGCAGGAGAGACCAUUUGCUUUGGGAAUGCAAUUUGUUCUUCUUAGGACUCUCGCCUAUAUCCCUACUCCGAUAUAUUUCGGCGCAGUGAUUGACACCACCUGUAUGCUCUGGCAGCAGGACUGUGGUGUUCAUGGAUCCUGUUGGGAGUAUGACGUGACGUCACUUCGGUUUGUCUACUUCGGUUUGGCGGCCAGCCUCAAGUUUCUGGGCUUCUUCUUCAUCUUCCUCACGUGGUAUUCACUGAAACGGCGUGAUGAGCACGCACAUAUGCAUACGCACCCCGUAUCCCCGCUGGACACGGUGAGCCAGUUGAUGUGCCAUGCAGUGUGGCAAAAAGGGCAUGCUCGCACACGCUCUUGUCCUGUCUUCCUGCCCCGCCCCCCUGAACACUGCCAUGCUGCUGCAAUGGUCACUGGACAGGCCCUAAGUCGUGGCAACAGUUGCCCCAGCAAUGGCCUAAAAGCAAUAACCCUGCCCAUCAAAUCUCUGGAGAAAGUGGUGAUUUGAACGUUUAGUGCACACACACACACACACACACACACAGUAACACACAUUUACACACCAAAAUGCAUGGACAGGGCACACUGAAGAUCAAGUGGAGCUUCUAGCUCUUCUGUGUCCUCAGAGCCACUGCUGGUGCCUUUUUUCACUCUCAAGAAAUACACUACAAUUAACACAAUUUGUAAAGUUUUGGACUUGAUACCUCAAUUGAAUUGGUACCUCUCUUCUUGCACAUUUUCAUAGAUUUCUUUCUCGUCCACAUGGUCUAAAUAAUCUCUUUUCAGUCACACACACAACACAGUAUGACCAAUACCUCACACCUUACAUAUGCAUAAACAUAAAAAAAAAAUUCUAAAGGGCCAGUACCUUUUGUCCAUCUGCACUCACAUGUUCAUCACCCUGUUCUGGUUUCUUUUUUUCCGUCUGUAGUGUGACGAGAGACUGCUGUAGGUAUUUACAUACUUCUCUAUCAUUCCACUGAUUGUCAACUUGCUUGGUCGCUUGAUUGAUUAGUUAAAUGAUGCGAUGCAGCGGUAUCGGGGAUCCUUCCAUAUAAUAAGGAGGAAUGUAUAUGGAAUUCAAGCAUUAUGCAAGCUUUUCUCUCCAUCCUACCACGAGCCUGUCAAUUAAACUCCAACAGGACAACGCAACAACACUUACACAGCCAGAGAGUGUUUUAAAAUGCAAAUGUGAAACAGUAUAAAUUCUGUACUGAGGAACUAUAUAUCUGUUACACUGCAUUCAUAUAUCCUAUGGGACGUAAAAUGAGCAUCAUUUUCAAGGGUUUAACUGGUUGUUUUGAUGUCCAAAUUAAAAAGAUUUGUAAUAAAAAAAAUCUAUAAUGUU